AUGAAGUUCCCGGAGCCAAAGACAAUCAGGAGUGCGAUGAUCCCGACGUUUCUCGCCCACUGGGUACUUGGUAUGGGGACUAUUGAGUGUCCGAUCGGUCGACCGAGACCAGUCAUAUCUCUGUGCUGGUCAUUCGUUUAUUUUGCUCUUCACUUGAACAUCGUAAUACUCGCAAACAAAGAAGAUCCGACCGAAAAUGCGCUUGGUGACGUUUCUUACAAUGCCUCUCAGGUUGCCAGAAUCAUCGACUUGAUCGCCGUGACGAUAUUUUUGUACACGGGGCGCUGGAAAGCAAAGGACUUCGCGACUUGCUUGGACAAGCUCAAUUCCAUUGACAAGAUGCUGAGCACCGUUGGAAUCCCGAACGAAUACGGAUUGAUCUUAAAAUAUCAAAUGAUUCAGCUGACCAUGGUCCUUUUCUUAGUGGGAAUAACGCUGAUCUACUUUAUUCGGUGGUUCGGUUACGAAGCUUGGUCCAAGACCGCGGCAUUCGCCGCUGUACUUUGUGCUGAAUAUCUAAUGAUGUACAACCACAUUAUUAAUUGCACCUUUGCUACCCUGGUCAGACACAUUGGCGGGCGUUUUCGAUACUUGAACGCGCAUCUGCGGCAGUUGAGCUCUAGGGAAAUGAAAACCGGGCCGUUUCGUCAAAAUUUAAACUACUUGUUUGCUCCACUUGAGCUCGAAAUUCAUACGAACGUACCAUCCAUCGGAGUAAGGGACAAGGAGUCAGUGGCACAUGUCAUGUGGAGUACCAGAAGAAUACAUCGUGAACUAUGCACCAUAGCCAGGAGUCUAAACGAGGCCUUUGCAAUCCAGCUGCUUGUGUCGAUGAGCACAUCCUUUGUUCUUAUAAUCACUCUGCUCUAUAAUGGUCACGUUUACUUGAACGUCCUGACAACCGAGUAUUCGACAUUCAACAUUUGGACAAUCGUGUUAAUUUUGAAUUGGAUUAUCAUCGCUUGCUCGUCAAUUCCGUAUGUCGCUUUUGUCUGCUCGAUCGCCUCUGCCGAGGCACAAAAUAUAGGCGAAGUCAUCUUCGAACUUGUCACACCGACCAGUUCCAACCGAGUAAAAGAGGAAGCUCACAGCUUCUCACUCCAGCUUGUACGAAAACCUCUGGAAUUCACGGCAUGUGGAUUCUUUGUGCUGGAGAACGGGAUGGUCCGCGACAUGAUAUCGUCGGUAACAACUUAUUUAGUGAUUAUGAUCCAGCUUCGCGGUACUUACGAUGUGUCGGUCAAUCACUCGACUGCCGUUCCAUCUCAAGCGCUGAAUUCUACUAGCUAAAGCGAAGCAAAUGUCCAACAAAAUAUGC